AUGGGGGAGCCCUCCACAGUGGGUGGCGGUGACCGUGUAAGGGACCUGCAAAGUGAGGUGGAGGGUGUAAAGAACAUAAUGUCCCAAAAUGUGGAUCGAAUUCUGGCUCGAGGUGAGAACUUGGACCAACUGAGAAAUAAAACUGAGGACUUGGAAGCCAGUUCAGAGCAUUUUAAGACAACAUCUCAAAAAGUUUCACGAAAGUACUGGUGGAAGAAUGUGAAGAUGAUCGUGAUCAUUUGUAUUGUGGUUGGAAUCAUUCUCCUUCUCAUCAUUCUUCUUGCCACUAAAGUCAUACCAACAUAA